CCGCCCCUCCGGGACUGUCGCCUUCCGCCCCUAUGCUAUGCCGCAGAGCCAGUCUAGAAAGGCUUGUCUAGCAGCCGAAGAGCCUGGCGCUGUCCUGAUUGGGAGGGCUCGGUGUGGAAGAGAUGAAUCGGACAAAGGUUGAUGAGGAGGAAUAUUGGAAUAGCUCCAAGUUCAAGGCUUUCACCUUUGAUGAUGAAGAUGAUGAGCUCUCUCAGUUAAAGGAAUCCAAGCGGGCAGUGAAUAGCCUUCGAGACUUCGUGGAUGAUGACGAUGAUGACGACCUGGAGAGAGUCAGCUGGACUGGGGAACCUGUGGGAAGUAUCUCAUGGUCCAUCAAAGAGACUGCUGGUAACAGUGGGUCAAACCAUGAGGGGCGUGAACAGCUAAAGAGCCGAAACAGCUUCUCCUAUGCACAGCUACCCAAACCUACUUCUACCUAUUCCCUGAGCAGCUUUUUUAGAGGGAGAACUAGACUUGGAAGUUUCCAGUCCCUUUCUGACGCUCUUUCGGACACACCUGCCAAAAGCUAUGCUCCAGAGCUGGGGAGACCUAAGGGGGAAUUUAGGGACUACAGCAAUGACUGGAGCCCCAGUGACACGGUGCGACGCCUUCGGAAGGGCAAGGUCUGCUCACUAGAAAGAUUCCGCUCCUUACAGGACAAGCUACAACUCUUAGAGGAAGCAGUUAGCAUGCAUGAUGGAAACGUCAUUACUGCCGUUCUGAUAUUCCUGAAGAGGACACUGAGUAAAGAGGUCCUCUUCCGAGAGCUAGAGGUGCGACAGGUCGCCCUGAGACAUCUCAUUCACUUCCUUAAGGAAAUAGGGGAUCAAAAGCUGCUAUUAGAUCUUUUCAGGUUCCUAGAUAGAACAGAAGAGCUUGCGCUGUCCCAUUAUCGAGAGCACUUGAGCAUUCAGGACCCUGAUAAACGGAAAGAAUUUCUUAAGACCUGCAUCGGUUUGCCUUUUUCAGUGGAAGAUUCUGCACACAUACAAGACCAUUACACACUCCUGGAACGUCAGAUCAUUAUUGAGGCAAAUGACCGCCAUCUAGAAUCAGCAGGACAAACUGAGAUCUUCCGGAAGCACCCCCGCAAAGCUUCCAUCCUCAAUAUGCCACUAGUGACGACACUCUUCUACUCCUGCUUCUACCACUACACAGAGCCCGAGGGGACAUUCAGCAGUCCAGUCAACCUGAAGAAGACAUUUAAGAUCCCAGAUAAACAGUAUGUGCUGACUGCCUUGGCUGCCCGCGCCAAGCUCCGUGCCUGGCAUGAUGUAGAUGCUCUCUUUACCACAAAGAACUGGCUGGGCUACACCAAGAAGAGAGCACCCAUUGGCUUCCAUCGGGUCGUGGAAAUUCUGCACAAGAACAAUGCCCCUGUCCAGAUAUUACAGGAGUAUGUCAAUCUAGUGGAAGAUGUGGACACAAAGUUGAACUUAGCUACGAAGUUCAAGUGCCACGAUGUCGUCAUUGAUACUUGCCGGGACCUGAAGGACCGUCAGCAGUUGCUAGCAUACAGGAGUAAGGUGGACAAAGGAUCUGCAGAGGAGGAGAAGAUCGAUGCCAUUCUCAGCAGCACGCAAAUUCGGUGGAAGAAUUAAGUGGCAUCAACUACCCUGAGACCUGCCUCGUUUCUUCCUUUCCUGCCUUUGAAAAGAGUGUACUCUCUUUUUUUUUUU